CCCCGGAGCCGUCCCCUUUAAGGCCCCACCGGGCCAUGGGCGCAGCCGCUCACCUGGCGCAGGUGACGGGGAAGGAGGAAGCGGCAGCCGGGGCCAUGUCCGCCUCCGCCGUCUUCAUCCUGGACCUCAAGGGGAAGCCCCUCAUCAGCCGCAACUACAAGGGGGACGUGAGCAUGGGGGAGAUCGAGCACUUCAUGGGGCUGCUGCUGCAGAAGGAGGAGGAGGGGGCUUUGGCCCCGCUGCUGACCCACGGCCAGGUUCAUUUCCUCUGGAUCAAGCACGCCAACCUCUACCUGGUGGCCACCACCAAGAAGAACGCCAACGCCUCCUUGGUCUUCUCCUUCCUCUACAAGGUGGUGGAGGUGUUUUUGGGUUUGUUCCUAGCAGAUGGAGAAAGGCUUUGAAACGGUGACAGCACC